AUGGCGAGGUCCGCUCAGCAAUGUGUUCUGGAUGAAACCGACUUCUCGUCCCACACCACACUUGUCAUUUGUGUCACCGUCGUCCUGGGGUUUGUUGGAAAUGCAAUCGCUCUGUGGAUCUUCCUCUUUCAUGUAAAACGCUGGAAUCCAAACACCGUGUACUCACUGAAUCUGGCCAUUGCCGACAUGCUUCUAAUCAUCUGCCUACCCGUUAGAAUUGGUUAUUUGUUACACGUGAAGGGAUGGGUUUAUGGUGAUGUUCUUUGCCGCAUGGAUCUAUUCAUGAUUUCCAUAAAUCGGACUGGCAGUAUCUGUUUCCUAAUGGUUAUAGCCAUCGAUCGCUAUUUGAAGGUGAUCCACCCUCUCCACAAAGUUAACAAGAUAUCUGCAAAGUGCGCAGUGAAGGUUGCAGCCGCUCUGUGGAUUAUGGCAGUGGCAAUUUGGAUGCAUUUGGUGACAGAACGACACGACUCGGAGCAUAAUAAUGUGACGCUCUGUGAGUCCUUCAAAAUAAACGGCCCUCUAAGUGGCACAAGUAUUUGGAGUGGAAUUGUUUUCAUAAUCUUUUUCUGUAUUCUACCAGCUUCAGUUAUUCUGUUCUGUACCUCCUGCAUCACUUGGAAGUUAAGACAGAUCAAACGCAACGCGUGGCGGAAAUAUAAACGGACUGUGAGGAUUGUGAUAACUGUGGCGGCAAUUUUCAUCAUUUGCUUCAUGCCUACCAAUAUUGCUUUUGUCGCAGUUGUAGUCACGAAGCUAAGAAGUGCCCGACACUGUCAUGCGUUUAAAAUAGCAAUACGUUUAUUUUAUAAUACAUUGUUUCUGACUUACAUGAACAGUAUGGUGAAUCCCGUUGUUCAUUGUGUUUUUAAUUCGUCAUUUAACAACGCCUUGAUGAAAGCUCUCGUUCGUCUGAAAUUAAAGUCGGGCAGAUCGGGCAUAAGUCAAGAAACUGGACAAGAGGACACGAUGGAUGGACUGCAGCGGAUCGACAAAUGA